AUGGAAGGAACACAGGAAUAUGUGAAUUUUAAUAUAACUAAUUCUAAUAAUGAAGAUGCGGCGCCAGUUGAAAGGCGUUUCAAGAGAGACAUUACAGUGUUAGAAUUUAAGAAAAAAUUGGAACUAGUGACUGGAGGUUCAGCUGCAACUAUGAAGUUAAAGUUGUUUGAUGUAAAAAACAAUUUUGUUUGUGACAUUGAUAAUGAUAAUGCACUGCUUAGUUCAUGCCCAAUCGAUAAUGGUAUGAGAGUACAUGUAAUUGACAAUUUCACUCUUGUCAAAGAUUUUGCUGCUACUGAUAGUGAUGAAAGGUUCCAACUUUCUGAACAAGAUUAUGAAAAGAAGGGGGACACAUUGCGGUCAUAUCUACAACAAAAUAAACUGGGCAAAUACAAUGAAGAAGAGGUGAAAAAAUCGAAAGAGCAACUGCAGCAGGAACUUGAAGAAGAGGCAAAGCUGGCCGCGAGCGUGGUGGUGGGGGCGCGGUGCGAGGUGCGCGUGCCGCAGCAGCCGCGCCGCCGCGCCACGGUGCGCUACAACGGUCCGCUGGACGGCGCCCACGGCAUUUGGAUCGGCGUGCAGUACGACGAGCCGCUGGGCAAGAACGACGGACAGGUGAACGGCAAACGAUACUUCACAUGUCCUCCCAAUCACGGUGGGUUUGUGAAACCCGUCUACGUGACAGUGGGAGACUUCCCGGAAGAAAAGUUGGAUGCGGAGGACGAAAUUUAA